UGUCCAUUUUACUGGUUCUAUCAAAAAUUUUUGUACUUUUUAUUAUUUGCAAUGCGAUGACGAUGAAACAAAUCAAAUCUACAGGGAAAAUGAUGAGGAAAUCUUGUCAGCCGAAGAAUAAUGUUGAAGAUGAAAAGAUUGAUGUGAUAUCAGAUGGCGUAUUUUUAGAAGAAAAGGAAGUUAUGUGUUACAUCGCCUGUAUCAUGAAGAUGGCAAAUACUAUUAAGAACGGUAAACUGAAUUACGAAGCGGCCAUGAAGCAGGCUGACUUGCUUCUUCCAGACGAAAUAAAGGAACCGACAAAGGCGGCCAUUACGGCCUGCAGAAAAGUUCCGGACUCCUACAAAGAUUUGUGCGAGGCAUCAUUUCACGUCACUAAAUGCAUUUAUAAGGAAAACCCAAGCGUAUUCUUCUUUCCCUGAUUGAAAUUUGAGUAAUAAUAAUAAGAAUGUUAAUAUUUAAUUUAUAUAAGAC